UUGACUAUUGUUCCCUCACUACUUUGACAUUGUACUUUACUCUGGAUUGCCGCUAAAGACGGAUGCUUCAUGUCGGUUGCCAAUGUCACAAAGUGAGCUAAGUGCUCCUCAAACGAAAGAGGCUUAGCGUUCUUCGAGCCAGCACUAACAAUUAAUCGACCCACCACGAUGACCCUGAACACAUCACCAUGUCCGAUAGCCUCCCAUCUCGAGCUUAACACUCCAUAUCCCUUCACUCUGCAUUGAGCCCCUCCCCUUCUUCUCAGCGUCAAUUGACCGCGCCAGGAUGCAGCAGGUCUCUACAUUGACGUUGUUGGGCGCUUUUGCGACCGUCACGCUCGCGGGCACGCUGCCCCGGGGCGUCGGGCCAGAGUUCGCCUCACACUACGAAAACGCCCUCGCGCAUGAGGAAUGGCGCUGUAUCAACCACCCAGAGAUCCGUAUUCCGACGACAUACAUUAACGACGGAACGUGCCAUUGUCCCGACGGCUCUGACGAACCAGGCACAGCAGCCUGUGCGUAUCUCGACACCGCCUCGCCCGCACAACCUCUGCCAGGGUCCUCUUCUGGAACGACCAAGACCAAGAACGCCCUCCCUGGCUUUUGGUGCGAGAACAAGGGCCACAUUGGGGGAUAUGUACCCUUCUCCUACGUGAACGACGGCGUCUGCGACUAUGACAUUUGCUGUGAUGGCACCGAAGAGUUUGGUGGCAAGGCGAAAUGCGAGAACAAAUGUGCCUCCAUAGGCAAGGAGUUUCGAAAGCUCGCAAAGGAGAAGAAGGCCAAGAUGGAGAGGGCAGGUGCCAAGAGGAUGCAGAUGGCCAAAGAGGCGGAUGCCCUGCGUCACCAACUCGAGGAGAAGAUUGCCGGCCUCCGAGCAGAGGUCUCGGUACUGGAGAAGAAGAAGGACGAGUUAUGGAAGAAGCACGCGGAAGUCGAGCUCGAGGAGAAGAACAAGGUCGUCAAGAGCGGCGGUUCGUCGGGCAGCGCCGGCGGCAAGCUCGGUGUCCUCCUUGGACUGGCGAAGACCCGUGUUGAGGAGCUGCGGAUCACGCUCGGGAACGUAAUGGAGCAGCGUGACGACCUCGCUGGUAAGGUCGCCGAGCUGGAAACGAUCCUUAGCAAGUUCAAGGAAGAGUACAACCCCAACUUCAACGACGAAGGUGUCAAGGCGGCCGUCAAGGCCUUCGAGGACUAUGCCGCCAGAGAGGCUGAUGCCCGCGAGCACAUCCCCGACUCGGAGGUGUUGGAGGUUCUCAAGGAGGACAGCGAAGUCAGCGGCGUCAACUGGGCCGAGUUUGAAGGCGGCGAGGGCGACGAUACCGACAUUCUGUACAGCUUUGAGGCCUACCUCCCCGCCUUUGUGCGUGGUGCGAUCCACGAGAAGCUCGGCCAGCUUCGUGUCUGGCUCAUCGCCAACGGCAUGCUUGCCGACAAUGUCAAAGAAGGCACCGAGUCGUCACUGCUCAAGGCGGCGCGCAAGGAUGCGGAAGCCGCCGAGAAAGACGUCAAGUCCAAGAAGAAGGAGCUCACCAAGCAAGAGGAUGACCUCGGCAUGGACUACGGCCCCGGAGACAUCUUCCGCGCAGCCCGUAACAAAUGCGUCAGCGUGGAUGCGGGAGAGUACACCUACGAGCUCUGCUGGCUUGGUAAGACCAUGCAGAAGAGCAAGAAGGGGCACGGCUCCACGAGCAUGGGCAACUACAAGCGCAUCGAGUUCCACGACGCGGAUGACGAGGAGCGACUGGAUGGCAGGAGCCUCGGGCAAGGCCGGCGGAUGGUGAUGAAGUACGAGGAUGGACAGCAGUGCUGGAACGGCCCCAAGCGACGCACGGAUGUGUGGCUGGGCUGUGCCGAGACUGAGGAGGUCUGGCGUGUGAGUGAGUCGGAGAAGUGUGUCUACAAGAUGGAGGUUGGCACCCCGGCGGCUUGCGAGGCGGAGGGGCAGCCCAACAAGGCGGAUGGCAAGGAUGAGCUGUGAGCCCUUGGGUGACUGAAUGACAAUGCUAGGCAUGUACUGAGAGAUGGGGACAAACUAUAGACAGCGACCUGAUAAAUUGACGCCUUACACAGACGGCCAGGAAGGCGGGACAGCGGGACUCGUCCAAGCACCUCUAGUGGCU